CCUAAUUCUAAAAUGGUUAUUUCUUUAGACAGAUCAUAAACAUUUUUAACUGAUCAUGGCAAAGAAAGAUUCUAAAAAACGUUUGAGGAAAGAAGAAAAUAAAAAGGAAGUUAAAGAAUUGAUUGAUAAAUUUGAAGACGAUGUAGAUUUUGACCUAGAUUCAAAUACAGAUUCAAGUACAUCCGAAUCAGAAGAUGAAGAUGCAGAGGCAUUAACAACAAAAGUUGACAGAGAUUGGUACAGAACCUUGGCAGCUCUAAAAACAAAUGAUCCUAAAAUUCAUGAUAAAAAUGCUAAAUUUUAUGAUACAUCAUCGGACAGCGCUUCAGAUGAAGAACCUACACCAAAGAAAUCAAAGAAAAAUAAACCUUUUCUACUGAGAGAUUAUCAGAAAGAUGUCUUAAUUAAGAAGAAAGGAAUUAUUGAUGAGGAAGAUGAAAUGGCAUCAACAUCAUUUGUUAAUUCUGAAGAACAGAAUGAAGUUAGAAACAGUUUAAAAGCAGCUCUAAUUGAUUCAGAAGAAGAAUCGGGUGAUGAUGAUUUUCUAAAGAAACGUGAAAAAACAGAAGUAGAGGAGGAAGAGGAAGAAGAAGAAUAUGUAAAUUGGUUGAAAGGUGAUAAAAUGUCUCUACAAGAAGAUAAACAAGUCAAGAAAGAUUUGAAACCUCUGAAAAAAUUAUGGAAUAAACCAGACUUAGAUAAAAAUGAAAAGUUUUUAGCAGAUUUCUUUUUAAAUAAAAGAUAUAUAAGUAAAAAGGCAGAGACUAGAUUACCAACUUAUGAAGAAAUUAUAAAUGAAGAAAAACAAGAUAUCAGUAAAUUUAUGGGUAAAACUAAACACAGAUAUGAAGAACCGGGUGGAAAAUCAAUCCCCACAUUUCCCAGAAAAGUUGAAGACAGUGUACGUCGGAAGGACACAAGAAGAGCUGAUAAAAACCGUGAUGUCAGAGAAAGAAAAUUAAAGCAAAAGGAAGAAAAAAGAAAAGAAAUCAACAAAUUAAAAGCAACCAAAAGGAAAGAAAUUUUAGCAAAAAUAAAAAAGAUUAAACAAAUAACGGGGAAUGAAAAUAUUGGUUUUACGGAACAAGAUUUAGAAGAAGAUUUCGAUCCUGAAAAACAUGACAAGAUGAUGGAAGAGAAAUUUAACACAGAUUAUUAUGAUGAGCGAGAAGAGGAGAUGGAGAAACCGACUUUUGAGGAUGAUGAAGAUGAGGAUAUUGCUGGAAUGGAAGAAGAUUGGAAUGGAGCAGGCCCAAGUCAAGAAGAAUAUAAUGGAGCAGGCACAAGUGAAGAUGUCAAUUUUGACGAUUCUAAUUUUAAUAUGGAUGCUGAUUAUGAUCCUAGUCAAGAUUUACGUGUCGGAAAAAAGAAGAAAAAAUCUAAAUUUACAGAAGCUGUUAAAAGAAAGAAACCGCUGUUUGAUCCAGAUGAAAAAUCUUUUCCCGAAUAUUUUGAUGAAUAUUAUAAAUUAGAUUUUGAGGAUGUGAUAGGAGAUAUGCCAUGUAGAUAUAAAUAUAGAAAAACAGAAGCUAAUGAUUUUGGUUUAACAAUUGAAGAGGUUUUAGCUGCACCAGAUAAAGAUCUAAAUAAAUGGGCAACAACACAGAAAGUUGUUUCAUACCUAACCGAAGAAGAAGAAAGAAUAGAGAAAAUAAAAUAUAAGAAGAGAGGAAAGUCUAUGGUGAAAAAGUUAAAUUUAAUGCCAGGAUUAAGGGAAGGUAUUGAUCCCAAGGUCGUUGCCGAAGUCGAUGAAAAAUCCAAACAAAAGAUUCAAGAGAAGAUUAAAAAGAAACAAACUCGGUUCACAUCCUCAUCAAAAAAUAAAAAUAAGAAAUUUAGAAAUAAAGGCCGAGCAGAUAGAAAUAACGAAGGUGGAGAGAGACAGAUGUCGGAGGUUCAGAAAUCUGCGAAUGCAUCAGAUAGUCGUGUUAAAGCUUAUGGUUAUGAUCCACGUAAAUUGAACUAUUUACACACAGAUAAUUAUAACAAGAGGUGAUAGUGGUACCAUGUAUAUUCAGUUGUAAAUAAAUUAAAAUAUACAAAGUC